AUGGAAGCCAUCGUCAUCUCGGACUCGGAGGAAGAUGCUCCAGAGAUGAAGCGACCGCGCCGGAAGAUGACCAAGUCCCAUCUCGUCGUCGCGAUGGACGCGCAGCAAGCACGUCCCGACGACAUGAGCUGCGCCAUGGACCUCCUAAGCCGCGUCCGGGAAGCAUGUGCCCGGGACAUCACCGCAUGGAGCGAAGUCGCCAAUGGUCCCGUGGUCCUGGGGCUCAGCAUCGUCUCGUCGACGUACUUUCCCGUGCAGCAGUGCUUGUACGCUGCCUUGGUGCGCAUCAUGAGCACCCUUCGGCGCGAACGACGGACCAAGGACCUCGAGAAGAUCUACCGAGGGGUCCCGCCCGUUCUGCGCUUGGCCAUUCCGGGCGGUAACGAGGUCGACCUCAUCAACCCGAUUCGCAUGCGCCAGCAGCUGAACCAAGUCAACGGCGUCACUAAACGCAUUGCGUCAUUUCGAGUCCUACAGUGCUGGACGCGGUUGCACAGCCGGGAUACGGAGCAGCUGCAGCACGAAGGCUGGAUCGACUUGGGCACGACCGUGCUCUCCUUCUGCAGAGACGACGAAGCGCUCAGCGUCACGACCAUCCCCUACGCUAACGUUCGCAGCCUCAAAUUUGACGCCGAGUCGGCCAUGGCCAAGGUGCACGUCGAGGCGUACGACGAAAGCGGGCAAUGGAUGCGGGUACUCCUCGAUCAUAAGGUGCGACACUAG